AAACCGCUCCCGAGAGUGGCCGCGUCGUCUCCUCGGCCGUGCUGCCGCCGCUGUCGCCCCCCGCCUGUCCUCCCGCCCGCAGGCAGCAUGAGUGGCCUGCGCGUCUACAGCACUUCGGUCACCGGCUCCCGCGAAAUCAAGUCCCAGCAGAGUGAGGUGACGCGAAUCCUGGAUGGGAAGCGCAUCCAGUACCAGCUAGUGGACAUCUCCCAGGACAACGCCCUGCGGGAAGAGAUGCGAACCUUGGCGGGCAACCCCAAGGCCACCCCACCCCAGAUUGUCAACGGGGACCAGUACUGUGGGGACUAUGAGCUCUUCGUGGAGGCUGUGGAGCAGAACACACUGCAGGAGUUCCUGAAGCUGGCCUGAGCCACGCCCACCACCGUCCACCUCCGCCCCUGGCUCUGCAGGCACACUCCCGUCCUCGCGCCACGGCCACCGGGUGGCCGCCGCCCGCUGUGAAGGGCCUUGUGACCAGUUAUGUCAUUCCUAACCUUCUGACUUUGGCACCCUUCCCCCAGCCCAGGCCCCUCCUCCCCUCUAACCGUAGCCCCUCUUCCCACUCAAAGGCAACAUUCCGAAUCCACUAGUCUUCAACCACAGUUCCAGGGCUAGCUGGCUACCCCAGCCAGGCCUGAGGCGGCCACCUGCCCAGUACUGGCCCAGCAGGCACUAUGUUGGUGCCAGCAGUCAGGGCUCUGCCAAAGGCCCCGCAAUCCCUGUCAGGGGAGCAUGCAGACAAUUAAACAGUCCAUUCCA